AUGACGGACAGUGAGGCUCAGAGAUUCUCCUUCCCAAUCACCUGCUCCUCUUGCCACGUUCAAACCAACCAACCUCAGCCGUCAGGACCCCUCAGGCUGAUCCAAGACCCAAAUCACAACACGGAGCACCAGAACACAGAGCCGGAGCAGGACAGUUCAGAGCCAAAACAUGAAUGUGAGAACCAAAAGCCACAGAAUGCAGGAGGAGAACAUGAGAAUGCAGAACUGCAACCUCAGAACACCCAGUCGGAAUGGCAGAAUGCACAAUUGGAAUUCCCAGCAAGUGGCAGCUUAGAGGUAGGGUUCAGAAGGAUCCAAGAAACCACUAAACACCCUCUAGAUAAAAGGAAGGAGGGAAAAAAAUCUCUGUCACCAGCAGGAGGUCCGUGUAAGCCACACCCCAUCAUGCCAGCACUGGAAGGAGUGGUGUCACGUAGGGCGGUGUUUGAGAAGUGGGCGGGAUUAACAUGUGAGGAGCAGCGACCAAGCACGAAGCGUCAGUUAUCGGUGGAGAGCGCGGCAAAGUGUGUGAGCGUGAGGAAGAGGAGCACUGUGACAAAGAGCAACGACGAGCCCACAAAGUUCUUCACUCAGCCUAACAAACAGUUCCAGAGACCCUGUUCACCCACAGAAAACAUCUCCCAAAGGAAGCCACGCAAACACCUCUUUAGAAGCUCUGAGGUCUUUCACAGAGUUGACACUCAUGCUAUCAACGUGGGGAGACAGCUAAAGGAGAAGGGAGAGUUCUCAGCCAAAAGCAUCGCUCGCUCAGUUACUCAAGGAGCCAGAAAUGAGCUGGAAAAACUCAGAGCCAUAUGGGUCUGGCUCUGUCAUAACAUAAAGUACGAUCUGGAAGGGUAUCUGGGUCUAUCUCAGAAGCUCUGCUCUCCUGAUGAGGUCAUUAAAGAGGGGCGGGGCGUAUGCUGUGGAUAUUCUAGCAUUUGUCUGGAGAUGUGCAGGGAGGUGGGCAUUGAGUGCCAAGAAGUGAGUGGGUUCAGUAAGGGCAUUGGGCACCAGGCCGGCCAGAGACUGGCAGACAAGCAGUCAGAUCACAUGUGGAACGCCGUCUGGGUGGGUGGUCAGUGGGGCCUGCUGGACGCCUGCUGGGGGGCUGGCACUGUUGACAUGGAAACCAAAACUUUCAAGGAAAGAUUCGAUGAUUUCUACUUCCUGACUGAGCCCAGUGAGUUUAUCGAAACCCACUUCCCUGACGACCAGCAUUGGCAACUGUUGUCCACGCCCAUCUCUGUGGAAGAGUUUGAGCAGAGAGCGCUAAAGACCUCGGCAUUUUUCACCUUGGGAUUAACGCUCACACAACCCAAACAAUACAAGCUCACCACAGAUGACGGAGAGGCGACGGUGUCUCUGAGCUCAUCCAGGCCGUUGACUUUUGCAUACGAACUGAAGCAGCGAGGCGUUCAAGGACAGAGGGAGGUUGACAGCUCCUGUGCCCUGCUCUCAGUCACCCAUCUGGGGAUGAAUCUGCGUCUGCUGCCCCCGGAGAUCGGAACCUACGAGUUGAAACUCUUUGCACGACCUGAAAGCAACUCUGGGGUGCUACGCUGGGUCUGUUCUCUUGAUUUGGAGUGUGCGAGCGUAAGGCCCAGUCAAUCACUGCCUGAUAACCCCUUCCUGAGCUGGGGGCUGGUUGCGUCUGCAGCUCAACUGGGGGUCCAGGGUUGUAGCUCGGGCACGGGCGGAGAAGCAAUUGAGGUGGGUGAAGGAGGACAGUGCGAAGUUGUUCUGGCUACGUCUCGGCCGCUGAUGAUGCUUUGCGAGCUGGCACAACCUGACCUGGACCCGGCCGUCGCCAAGCGUUGCCUAGCUACGCAGAUUACGCCGGAUAAGCUGAUAUGUCAUGUCCUAUGCCCGCACCGAGGCUUCUACCGCCUCUCUGUGUUUGUAAGGGAUUACAAUAAUAACGGCGGACCGCUCCAGAAUGUGGGGAACUUCCUGCUCCAUUGUAAAAACAGAGGGGUGAAUCUGAACUGCCUGUUCCCCCCCGACCUUGGCCCUUGGUGCGGUCCGGGUCUUCGGACGCAAGAAGCAGGACUGUCCCACUUUAGCCACACGGGUGGGCUGGUGAAUAUGCCUCAGGGACGUUGCAAUAUAACUUUCCACUGUUCCUCUCCAGACAUACAGGUACACACUGUCCUAAGUGCAGAGAGCCACCAGGAGACCACGGCAAAUGCCAACCAGGCUCUUGGCGCAAGGCUGAACACUCCCUUCCCCUUGUCCCGGUAUGUGCUCCUUACUCUCACAGACAAUAAGGUGACAGUGAGCGUGUGCGUGCCGCAGCCAGGUGUGUAUAGACUGGGCCUGUAUGGACGCACGUCCCCUCAGAAAGAUUACGCGCCGCUGUGUGACUUCGUGCUAAGGAGCGCGUGCGAACUACGUGGGGACCCGUUUCCGUGCGCGUACUCCGCAUGGAGCCGGGGGUGUGUGUUGCUGGAGCCGCGAGGAGGACUUCUGGCUCCACGGAGCUGGGUGUGUUUCCGUGUGCGGGUGCCAGGAGCAAAGAGAGUGUGCGUACGAGGGGAGAAAGCCGCGGAACUGAAGAUGAAUAAAAGUCGAGUUUGGGAAGGUGAGGUAUACACCGGGGACGCCGCACAGAUACAGCUUGCCGCCGUCACCACGGAAACAAACAACAUGCCGGUCCUCAUGGCUUUUGACGUACUGAGCCUGGAAAAUGAGCCAUAA